AACACCAGGCAGCUAACUGUGGCAUGUGUUAUACUAAACGAUGUAGGCUCCAAAAUGCGAUCUUUCAACAAAAGAUGAGCAAGAACAGUGCAGCUGCCUGUUAUUGCUUGGAUGAAGCUCGCGGUUGGGCUCACAAUACCGCCGCUAUGCAGAAGGCUCUGGACGCUUCGCGCAUGAAAUGCAAGCCACGAUGUCUUCUUUUAGUCAACCCUGGUAACCCGUCAAGCACCGUGCUCUCCACGCAGCAGAUCGAAGAUAUUGUGGAGUUUGCUUACAAAAAUCAGCUCAUUAUUCUUGCGGAUGAGGUUUUUCAAGACAAUUGGUAUUGCAAGGAGCGUCCUUUUCGCAGCGUCAGAGCCGUGAUGAAUGAAAUGGGCCCCCCUUACGCCCGGACUCCGUUGGUCACAUUCCACUCGUUGGCCAAAGGAUUUAUAGCAGAGGCAGGCUUCCGAGUCGGAUACUUGGAGGCUGUCAACUUGGACUCUACGGAUCGGGGAAAUCUGGAGAGUGCCAUGACCUUGUCUAUGGUGCCAUUAUUAGCCCAGGCUGCCCUGGACUGCAUGGUAAAACCCCCACAGCUUGCUGAACCUUCCUACGACUUGUACAAUAAGGAGAAAACAAGCAUAAUCGAAUCCCUGGCGGAAAGAGCGCGGCUUGCAGAGGAAAGGUUAAACGCAAUUGAAGGCAUGUAUUGCAGACCAAUACAGGGUGCCACGUCCGCCUACGUUCGUGUCAACAUACCUGCGAAAGCCAUAGAGGAAGCUCAGCGACAAAACAAGGGUGCUGAUGAAUUUUACGCUGAGGAGCUACUGAAAAAGAAAGGAGUCAGCGUGACGCCAGGCUCAGCGUUUGGACGGUUGCCGGGAAGAUUUCACGUCAGGAUCACAAUAAUUCCACCCAGGGAGCAGCUGUUGGAGUUGUUUGGCAGACUUCAAUCCUUUCAUGAGGAACUGUUGAUGAAGUACCAGUGAGAGGACAAAAAAAAACACCGCAGCUUUUCUUCAUUCAAAACAAGUAAAAUAAAGUGCAUCUAUACUACACA